UUACCUGCACCACCACAGUUGUUAGGAAGGUAUAUAAGUACGUACGGUCAGAAAUUUAAACUUCUUCGGAAAUGUUGACAAAUACAUUUCUCACGGGUGCAGCCACUAUUCAGCUUAUCCUCUCUUAUUAUGCCAACUACUACAACCAAACCGACCUUGCUGCUACAUUGGAAGAGAUGAAGCCGGAUUUUGGACUGCCCAAAAUUGAAAUUUUUGAUUUCGUUAUAGUCGGUGGUGGCACGGCGGGAUGUUUAUUGGCGUCACGACUUUCUGAACGGUACACAGUCCUCCUACUGGAAAGGGGAGGUCCACCCCCACCCCCGACUAAGAAUCCGUAUUACGGUUAUCAGAUUGAACAACAUCCCGGCUUCAAUGAUCACUUCUCGUCAACUCCGCAGAAAGGAAUUAAGGGGGCGGAUGGAGGGUUAAAUAACGUCACCACGGGGCGCAUGCUUGGCGGAUCUGGCUCCCAUAACGGCAAUAUUUACAACCGAGGUUCCCCCCACGAUUACGACAAUUACGCCAAACUCUUCAACGACGAGAGUUGGAAGUACGAAAACAUUCUGAAGUAUUACAAGCGGUUUGAGUCCUUUGGAGGAAUUGUUUUUGGAGAUCAGAAUAUUACGCGGAGUGACUAUUUUGGUCAAAGUGGUCCAAUCCAUGUGGAAACUAACCUUCCACCAAUUCUGCCCACGUGGUUUCAAGCAGGGAUUGAACUCGGGUAUAAGGUUCAAGAUCCUAACGCAUUGCAGGAAGAAUCGUUCACCCCGAUGGUUAAAUCUGCCAAGAAUGGGAGGAGAUCGAGCACUUACACCGGCUACUUGAAAAAAAUCAUGGGGACCAGAUCCAACUUGAGGGUUCUCAUGUACUCUGAUGUCGACGAGGUGCUCAUCAACGAGAACAAAACGGCGUACGGAGUAGUCUACAAGCGUCACGGAAUGCCCCAAAUAGCCCACGCCUCAAAAGAAGUGAUCCUGUCCCCGUCCACUUUCACCACGCCGAUUAUCCUUAUUAAGAGCGGCGUCGGGCCGAAAGAUGUCCUCCUUAAAGCGAAAAUUCCCGUGAAACACCAUCUUCCCGGCGUCGGCAAAAACCUGCGCGACCAUGCCGGCGUAUUUCUCGAAUUUACCGCCACCAAUUCGUCCGACGAGCUUCUUCCCGUCGUUUCCGAAACCGGGUUGGAAAAAGAACUCUUAAAAUUCCAAAGCGUCGAAAGUUCUGGUUUCUACUCGCGGAACGAUCUUGGCCAUGCGCAGGCCUUUUUCGUCUCCCAAGUCGCAAAGAAGCGUGGUCAAACGGGGUGGCCAGAUAUUCAAGUCGUGUUCAAACAGACGGCCCGCGUCGGCAAAAAGUCCCCCCAAAGGGUUACCAUGCAUGUAAUUGUGAACCGGCUCGAAUCCCAGGGCGAAGUCAUUUUCGAUACUGACAAGUACUUGCAAGGCGUUCGGGAUGCGGUCGAAUUGGCGAAAAUUGACUAUAACUUGUUAACUGAUGAGGAGGACAGGCUCGUUUUGAUGGAAGCUAUCAACCACACCCUCAAAAUCAUGGAGGAGACCACCCCCAUGCGAGCUUUGGGGAUGAAUUUUACCCAAGCGAUUCCCUCCGUUUGUCAAACAUUUCCAUAUCGGUCACCCGAAUUCUGGACGUGUUACAUGCAACAGAUGGCCGGAAGUUGGUGGCAUCAAUCCGGAACAUGUAAAAUGGGACAAAAAAGUGACGAGUUUGCCGUCGUCGAUUCAAAAUUUAGGGUUUUCGGAAUUAAUAAAUUGAGAGUGGUGGACGCAUCCAUUUAUCCCGUUACCUUAAACGCCAACAUCAACGCUGCCACGAUUAUGAUUGCGGAAAAGGCAGCAGAAGAUUUAUUCAACGAGUACGCAUCUUAAAUGAGUUUGAAACAAAAAUUCUAUUAGAAAAAAUGAUACUCGGGAAUUUAAUAGCUGGACAAAUUUACUGAAGAAGAGAAGUUAUAAAACCAAUAAAAAAUAUUUACAAAUUA